AUGGGCGCUCUUUCCAACGACGGCGAGAUGUCUGUGCUUCGUGCUUCGCUUGCUCCUUCCUCGUCGGACACGGCCGUCGUGGUGAACUACAGUGAGCGCUAUCAGCACUCCACAGCAUUCCAGGCCGCUACUGCCCCGCCCCAAAUCCCUGUCUUCCGAUCUACGUCUUCUUACCUCGUAGGUCACAUGUACCUCGUACCACUUCAACACUUGAUAAGACAACUCACACGACGAGCACAAUUUCACGACGACUCGCCAGGGUUUUAA